AUGGACUUCUUCGCUACCGUCUGCGAAAACUUCGGUCUGAUCAUCAACACGAAAAAGACGGUGAUCAUGCACCGACCGCCACUAAACACAGCAUGCAAUGCGAAGCAAAUCAGUGUGAACGGAAACCAACUGCAAAUGGUGGACAACUUCACGUAUCUGGGCAGCACCCUCUCCCGCGUCACCGAUGAAGUGGCCUGCCGCAUUUCCAAAGCCAUCCAAACCAUCGGUCGUCUUCAACACACCGUCUGGAACCGUCACUGUCUCCAUCGCAACAAGAAGCUGAAGAUGUACAAGGCAGUCAUCCUGCCGACGUUGCUGUAUAGAGCCGAGACCUGGACGAUUUACAAUAAGCAGGCGCGUAGGCUCAAUCAAUCCCACCUCAGCUGUCCUCGACGGAUGCCAAAGCUGAGGUGGCAUGGCCGGAUUUCCGGCACGGACGGGAAUUCUCAGCAUCUACGCCAUGCUAAGACAACUGCGACUGCGUUGGAGCGCCUUUCUUGUGAGGAUGGACAACGAGCGGCUACCCAAACGACUUUUCUAUGGAGAUGUCGCCACGGGUUCCCGCCGCCAAGGAGACCAAACUCGCUGAUACAAGGACACUCUGAAGACCUCUCUAAAGCGCCUUCAGGUCAAUCCGGCCAACUGGGAAGACUGCUGGAGACCGACCGACCCGAAGGAUUACAGUGA